UUCUCAAAAAAAAAAAAAAAAAGAAAAAAAAGAAAAAAGAAAAAAAACAUACAAAUAAAAAAGCCAAAUGUUCUUCUCUCGCAUUUUCACCUCCCACUGCCAAAAACCCUAACUUUAUUUCGCUCUCUCUCUCUCUCUCUCUUCGUUGUCUCACUGCAGAAUAAAUAAAUAAAUAAAUAAAUAGAACUAACAACUUUGAUCACUCAUUCCUCCUACUUUUUUUUUCCUUUCCAUUUCGGCUUAAUAUGUAUCAUCUCUGUCAGAAUUCAUCAUCAUCUUCAUCAUCAUCAUCGUAUCCCUUUAAUCUCUCUCUAUAAGCUUAUUGCAUUUCUAUACAUUUUCCUCUUCCUAUCUGAUCUUGCCUCUGUUUCUCUUUCUCUUUCUUUUUCACUGAUAGAAAUAAUAAAAAAACUUGGUUGGAUUUUAUGCUCAGUAGUUUUUCUUGAUUUCCAAUAAAUAAAUAAAGUUCAGGUCUUUCUGGUUUCUGGGUUUUUUAGCAUCUAUACAUGGCUGCGGUUGCUGAGAUUACCAGUGAGGCUGCAGUGGCUUCCAACAACAACACCACCGCCGCCAACAAAAAUGAUAACAACAAUAAUUUGGACUCAGAAACAAAGCCAACAUCAGAAUCUGAAUUCACUGUCCAAAAGCUUGUGGAUAUGUUCACCAAGUUGAAUCCCUUGGCUAAGGAGUUCUUCCCAUCUUCUUAUAGUAAAAAUAAUCCAAACGAACUUCAUUUCAACAAUUUUGCAGUCCCUGUUAAGCAAUCGGCCAAUGACAACUUCCCUAAAAGGAAAAGAAAUAACUUUAACCAGGGGAGGAGGAAGUUGAAUGGGAGAGCUUAUAGAGCCCAACAAGAAGACAGUAUUAGACGAACAGUAUAUGUUUCUGACAUUGAUCAACAUGUAACUGAAGAGCGGCUUGCUGGCUUAUUUAGUGGUUGUGGACAAGUUGUUGAUUGCCGGGUUUGUGGUGAUCCGCAUUCAGUUCUUCGUUUUGCAUUUGUGGAGUUUGCUGAUGAGCAAGGAGCAAGAGCAGCUUUAAACCUCGGUGGGACAAUGCUAGGAUACUAUCCAGUCAGAGUGCUACCUUCAAAAACUGCUAUCCUUCCAGUGAAUCCUACAUUCCUCCCUAGGUCUGAAGAUGAACGGGAGAUGUGCACUAGGACAGUCUAUUGUACCAACAUCGAUAAAAAGGUUUCUCAAGUUGAAGUCAAGAAUUUCUUUGAAUCAAUAUGUGGUGAGGUUACUCGCUUGAGACUUUUAGGGGAUCACGUGCAUUCAACUCGUAUAGCAUUUGUUGAAUUUGCUAUGGCAGAAAGUGCCAUCGUUGCACUGAAUUGCAGUGGGAUGGCCCUGGGAUCCCAGCCUGUCAGGGUAAGUCCUUCAAAGACUCCCGUGAGGCCGCGAGUUACUCGCCCAGCAAUGCAUUAACUAAUCACCAGAGUCUAAGACCCUUGGAUAGAAUUCAGUUAUUUCCUAGUUGAGAGGAACUCUGUUGUGCUGAAGGGAUGGUGAAACUUUCUCUUGUUUCAGUGUUUCCAUCUUUUCCAUCGCAACCGAACUUUUAAUGCGACUGAAACAUAUUGUUGCCUGCUUCAAAUUGAAGUUUUCACAAGACUGUCUCAGUCUCCAAGGACCCUUUACCUUAGUUCCAUCCCUUUGUUUAAACCA